GCACGUCCUCCGUCGCCUCGCACACAUUCCAACACAUACAUACGGCUACUACUGCUAGCGAUUGCAGGAAGGAACCUGACAAGUUUGAAGGAGAGAGCAGCGAUCACUCAACUCACUAGCGAUUCAGCGGAUGGCUCUGGCGCGGAGCAGCGGCGUGCUGGGCAACCCGCUCUCGGUGGACUUCUGGGCGGACGCGGACCCUUUCGGCGGCGCCGUCCGCGCCCUCGCGGAGCGCUGCCCUGUGCUCACCAACGUCCGCGUCGACUGGAAGGAGACGCCCGCCGCACACGUCUUCACGGCCGACCUCCCCGGCGUCCGGAAGGGCGACGCCAAGGUGGAGGUCGUGGACGGCGACGUGCUCAUCAUCAGUGGACAGCGCGCCAGGGAGAAGGAGGAGGGUGGCGGCAAGGACGAGCGGUGGCACCGGGUGGAGCGCAGCAGCGGCGGGUUUGAGAGGAGGUUCCGUCUGCCGGGGGGCGUGAGGGUGGACGGGGUGAGCGCGUCCAUGGAGGACGGCGUGCUGACGGUCACCGUGCCCAAGGAGGAAGUGGCCAAGAAGCCGCAGGUCAAGGCCGUGGAGAUCCAAGGCUGAGACCACGAGGAUAUACUUACAUAUGGUUGAACUAUAUGCAUAUGGCUACGUACGACCUACGUAGGUGCUGUUCCACCUACUCGUAUGCUUUGUUGUUUGCUAGGUAAGCGUGCUCAGUACUUGUGUGGGAUGCUGAGACUGUACUCAUGAUGUGAAUGCAAUAAAUUCGACCGAGAUAUUGUACUCUAUGUUUUGUAA